CCCUACACCCCCCCACACACACUCACCUGCAGAAUCAUAGCUCCUCUCUGCUCAUCACCCUCUGUGUUUGGCAAAACGUCCGACACUCUCUCUCGCUCACACACACACACACACACAAGAGCACGUCACACUUUCUGAGUAAGUGUGCGCUUCAGAGCAACGGGCAGAGAGAAAGAGAGAGAGAUACAGAGGGAGGGGGAACUAGAGAGACAGAGAAACAGAGAAAAAGCUACAGAGGGAGACAGAAAGAAAGAUAUAGAGAAAGAGAUAGAAAGAGAGACUUACAGAAAGAGAGGAGGAUAGGGAAAGAGAGAGAGAUAUAGAAGUAGAGCAAGAAAGAGAGAGAUACAGAGGACGAUACAUAUAUAGAUAGAUAGAAAAAGAGUCAGUGAGUAAGAGAGAGAGAGAGAGAGUGAGGGAGGGGAUAAAGUCUUAUUGUUCUCGAGCAGCGUGUAUUGGAGGUGUGGCAUCUUCCGGGCGUUGUCGUGGAGACGGAAGGCUGCCCGGGCACUGUUCUCUCGCUCUCUCUCUCUCUGAGCUGAUCACCAAGACACUGAUCGUGGGGAGGCUGAUCCUUAUGGCAAGAUCCGCAGCCACAGUCACGCGUGAUACCCCCUACCUUUGGUUUGGAUCUCCCACCAACAACCAAUAGAAGAAUCGUAAUUUAUAGCCUACCUGUGGGCCUACACCUUUUCAAAUGGAAGAAGCCCCCAAAAUACUGGUGACCCUGCUACUAGAUGGCAGGGAGAUAUGCAAGAAGAUACAUCAUCUCAACAGUGCUGCAGAAAUAAUCGAUGGCUGCAAGCACUUAUUACCUUGUACUGCCGAAUUUCAUAGAAUUCUAAAAUUCAAUCCUGAUUUUAACGAAUAUAUCGACACAGACCUUAACGACAGUGUCCAAAGCUUUGACAAGUUUCAAGUUUUGUUCAACUCAAUCACGCCAAGUGGAACACUGCAGUGGGCUGGGCAGCUUAAUACAGAUGCCGCUGGUCCGAGUAACCAAAUAAAGGUUGGGCCACUCAAUAGAGAUGUAGCUGGUUCAAAUAAUCAACAGCAGCAUGGUCAAGGUCCAGUUAAUGCAGACAGACUGAGAGCGCUCAUUCAGAUCAAAGGACCGAGCAUACUGGCUGAUUAUGAAGCUUCAGGAACGCUGUCUGAGACAUCACGAAAACUUCUGGUGAAGAUUGGUGUCGGUGACCUGGUGGAGCAGAGAGGAUUUUACCCGUCAAAUGAGGAAAAACUGAUGUUAGCAAAGAAUGUAGUAACAUUGUUCCCAUCACUGAAGAUUAAGAUGGGAGAAGAGAAUGAAGGAUUUGAGCACUUCUUCGACCCAGUUUCCCACAGUGGAUUUAUUGAAAUUAAACUGAGAAAUCUACGAAGAAGCCUUCACGAUAGUCAGCGACGCUACCGCCGCAAGCGGACCGUGCCCAGCAAUACAUCGUUCCAUCCAGUUUCCACCCCCCUGCAAACACCUGCAGAAGAGGAAGAGGAGUCCACGGUGGAGUGGAUGACAGCAAUGAAAAGGAUGAAGCCAUCUCACGAGAACUUCUCAACCAUCAAACUGGGCAUGGAGAAAACAUUUGACAGCCGCAGGUUCUGGAUUGUAAACAGCUCGCCGACAGCGGAAGAGAUUUUUCAGCAAUACCCUCAUUUUAUAGACAUGCCAUACUUGCUUGACAUUGAAUUUGAGAAAAUGUAUCCGGGGAAGGCUGAUCUGUUCCUUCAAAAAUGGGAAGGAAGUAUUGUUCCAAAAUUACUGAAGAUGGCCACAAUGAAAGACAAUCCCACUUUCCUGCCCUCCACCGCUGAGAGUGAUGGGCCAUGCUUCAGAGCUCUUCAGAUGCUCACGUAUCUUUUGCCUCCUACUGCGUCUGGAAGGGGAAAAGGCUGGACUAAAUGCAGUGUGAAAUCAGCCAUAUCUUAUAUCUUGGACAUUAAGCCGCCUGGAUCAAGCGGUUCCAGACACCUGGAUCCUGACAGAGCGGUGAAAAAUCAGCAACCUCACCUCCUGUGUUUAGGCGACCCCAGCACUACAGCUCAGUACAUCAUCGUGGCAGAGAACAACAAAGUUGCCAUUCCUCUUGAAGAUAAUAGUUUGACGUGCGCCAUUGACAAACUGUUUAAAAUGUAUUGUGUUUGUAACCUGGCGUAUCCUGCACAACUCACAUCAGUCUUUAAUUUCUUUGAGCAUAUUUAUGAUAUGCCUAUCUCUGGUGGGAAGAGAUGCAAAGUGGUGGAGCUUAUUGCAAGGAUCCAAGCUAUGCUAUGAGACAUACUGCUACAUUUCAAAAGUAUUGAAGCAAGGGUUUGUUAUGACAGAACCUGUCAUGCUUAGUCAUCCUACGUAGGUUAGGUUAUACUUUAUUGAUCUGCAUUCAGGGGAAGUGGGGCAGUCAUUUUGUUGUCGUACUGUGCCCAGCAUAGAAGCAGCACAGCAUGGCCAGGUUAGGUUUCUUGACUAAGGGCGUGACUUAAUAAAUAUACCCAGAGAGUAUUUGGUAUUUUUAAACCCAUGACUGGUGUAUUUUGCUUACGACUAGGCUAAAUGCCAUUCUUUACUUAGUGUUAUUGAGGAUUUAUGUCUUAACUCUGUGCACAACAUCUGAAACAUGGUUCAAUUUAAAUGCGUUUUAUCUGUGAAGAAAUAUCUCACUCUAGUGCACUUUAAUAAAUGGUAACAGAAUGGUAUGCUUUUCCUCCGGUACAGUCAGUUUGGAUCUCUUUGUUCAAGUAUUGUUGAUUUUCUAAGUGAAAAUAGCCUUUUCUCUGCAUCAUAGAGCACAAUCACCUAGAUAUGCACUGAAGUAAACAUUUUUUUACAUUUUUGGUAGAAACCCAAACCAAACUAAAUGAAAAUAAAUACCGAACACACAACUUUUCUACACCUUUUUGUCAUGACUGAAUGAUUAAAAUCCCAAUGUAUUUUGUCUUUCUUUUUAACGAAAAAACAAACCAACAAAGCUUAAUACCUUAGCAGUGUAAUUUUCAUCCAGAAUUUAUUUGAGAAGUGCAAUUCCAGCAAUAAAUGUACCUCAGCAGUGCUAUUCGAGUCACAUGUGUCUUGUUACAAAGGAAUGCAGCCAGUUUUUUUGUAAACAAACAAAUGCUAUGGCUAAGUUACCUCGGUUAGUGUUACUAUCCUAGCCCUGUACAGCUGUUAUCUUUCAUCUGAAAAAACAGCCAGUUUGUAUAAGGGUACAAAACUAUUUAUUACACUUUUUUUUACCUUGUAUUUAUGUAAAUAACGCUCAACAGUUAACUUGCCUGGCAAAUAUUUUCAGUUGCCAAAUAUUCUGUGCUUCCCUGCAUUUUCAAUUUAUUUGCUGAAAUAAACAGAAUUGCUUUAAGUAUAUAAAAGUAAGCAAACAAGCAAUAAUUUCUGCAGCAACUUGUCAAUUUUAAUGAAUUAAAAGAAAGACGGAUAUAAAGUUUAUCCCAGGUAAAUGGAAACAUAUGCAAAAAUGUUCUGACUGAUUUUUACUUACAAAAUCAACAAAAACACACAAAAAACACUGACCAGGGGUGCCCAAAUGUUUGCAUUUGUUUGUAUAGUACCUGGAGAAUCAGCAACAAUCUAAAUCCGAGUGUCUCAAUAAAGUAAAUGUACAGUGUAUUGUGUUGCCUUUUUGCCUUUCCUCUUUGGAAAUUCCUUAAUAAAACAGUGGAGAGGAGCACUGGAGAUGUUGCUCUUCUCCUAGGUGAAAGAUGUACAAUAUUAUUUGCCACAAAUUCACUACCAGUAUAGUCUACUGUAGUUACAGCUACACUAUAUGUGCAAACGUUUGUGGACACCCCUAAUAAUAAAUGCAUUCAGCCACUGUAAAUACACCCAGUGCUGCCACACACACAUUGUGGAGUCCCUGUAAGAAAUACUUCCAAUAGAUUAGGACUCUCUGGAACAAUUAUAAUGGAUCCUUUUGGCACAAUGCCUAGUGAGAGGCAUAGGCCAGAGGGUACACAUCCUCCCAGUAUUUAGCUGUGGAGCAGUGGAACUGUAUUCAGUGAAAAUGAUGGAGAUCUGUCCAGUUCUUUUGGGAUGAGUUGGAGAUAAGGUGAUACGUGGUGUUGGUGAUAAUUGUUCAACAUCCUUGACCUCGCUAACACUCUUGUGGCUGAAUCAGGCAAUCAGAACCUCACAGUAAUGCUCCAGUCUAGUAAAAGAGCUGAUCCAGGCCAGUAGACACAGUUACUCCAACAAAAGCAGAAUAAAAUCCUUCUAAUACCCUUGAUUUCAGAAGAAGCACUGAGCAGCUGUCCCAAUACAUUUGUCCAUAUGGUGUAGGUAAAUAACUGCAAGAUUAUAAACAUACUCAAGAUUAUUUAAAUAGAUACGCCUCUGAUCCAAAACUUCAUUUACUGACUUGUGUACAGUGUUCAAAAUUAAAUAAGGACAAGCUGGUGUGUAUUAUAUUAAUUUUUCUCAGAAUAGAUUAGCCUAAUCAAAUCAAAUUCAGAGCAUGUUCACUUGGAAAUGAGGUAAUCUACUGCAAACAUAAUUAUCCUGUAUUUUCCAUUUGGCUGGGUCUUGAAAAAUGCUAUCUGUUAGUUAAAAAUAUGAAUGUAUUUGGCUGUGAUACUGGCACUAUAAAUGUGGCUCAUCUAGUUGGUUUUAGUGAAAUUAUAAGAAAUAUUUUAUACACAGCGCUAUGGAUGUGACACUUUCUUACAGUAUUUGGCUUAAAAUAUAUUGCUUUAAACCAUGACUUUAUGUUAAGAAGUCCAUUUUUUUCUAUGAAUCUAUUUAAGUAUUUAAAUUGUUAUUUUGUUUGUAGUAGAACAGAUAUCAGACCACUUGUUUACAGAACUGUUCAACUAUUAAUGAAUAAAUUAUGAAUAUUGAUGUUUGUAUUUUGUAAUGUCACUUUUGCAAAAAACAAUGAAGUGAACUUGUAAUAAUAAACUGAAAUUGUUUACACAAAUUUUUCGAGUGUGCCUGUUUUUUAAAUGAUGCU